CGACAGCCCAAGAUCCCAACAACGCCACACCAUUUCCGCGACCCGCCCCCAUCCUCCACCGCCGCCGGCGGUCAUCGCGGAAGCGGGAGCGGGAGCGUCGAUGGCGAGCUCGCGGGAGCGGAGGCUGCCGCCGCCGGCGUUCCGCGUGGAGAACCCCUUCAGCGUGAAGGUGCUCCAGGUCUUCACCGGCUUCGGCGUCGGCUGCGGCGUCGGCAUCGGCGUCGGCCGCCCCAUCUACCUAGGUGCGAUACCGGGCCUUAAUCAAGUUAUGACGGCGACAAGGGGAGCAACUGAUGCCUUUUCCGGUGUAACGAGGCAUGUUAAUUCUGCCCUAAGGAAGGCAGGGUUAAAGAACAUCGAAGCGGGCAUUGGCUGCGGAGUUGGUAUAGGGCAUGGUUUUGGAAUAGGAAUUGCAUUGAAGCCACAAGUAAUUCAUGGAAUUCAGUCAACCGUUGGAGAAAUUAUGUCAAAGUUCACUUCUAGGCUGAAGGAUACCCCAAGUUUGUCAUCUGAAUCGGCACCAAACACUAUGGCUGGUUCUGUGCCUAGCAAUGGACAAACUCCCAGUGGUAUGUCCAUUGAUCUAAAGGCUAAGACUGUGAAAAGUAAUUUCCACCAUACAAGUAAUGAAAUAUCACAAGUACAACCUGCUCAUGGAUUUCAUAGCCAGCAUGGAAUGCAACCAGAUAUGAUAACUGGAAGCCGAACUGAAAAGGUUGUUGCCAACUUCCUCCAGAAUCCCCUGUUUCAGGAUGAUACAAGGUUGGACAUCAGAGAUGCGACUAAAAAAUCGGAUGGGAUGGAUAGUGUGCUUGAGUUGUUGCUGAAGCACCAAAGAAUUAUCGAUGAGCUGCGAGACGAGAAUGAAAAGCUCCGUCGAAUGCUCAUAGAACAACUCAAAGUUUCACCUUCCAAGUUACUAUUAGAUCAUAAAAAUGGAGCAAAGACCUACAACCCCUGCUCGGAAUGCUUUGAAUGCCGGCGGCGAAGUCGAAAAACAACCAGAUAAUAUUGGACUUGCUCUGCACUUCAGCUAUUCUAGCAAAUCUUUGCCAUUUAUUGGUUCCUUCAGUAGUUAAAAGAGUUCAUUAGACUAGCUUUCAGGUUUUAACUGAAUAUACUCAACAGAACCCGGCAGGUCCACUCUCAUUGUGCAGGGCCUUCAGGCCAUUUAUGUUACCUAUCUCCUGUACAUUCGUGAGCACUUGCCCCAAUCUAUGGGCAAUGAUAUUUUUGUUUCAGUUUUCAACCUGUUCGUGUGGAUGGGCCGGAAUUAAGUCCCAUGCAAACAUGACCCGCUGGCUCGUGUAGAAUGUAUUAACCCUGUUUCACAUUAUAAAAUGUUACAAUCU